AUGCCUUCAGUCCGGAAGAAAAAGCUAGAUCCACUCCCCAAACAGCACAGACAUUUUAGGAAGGUCGUAAGGGCAAAGAGAAUGAGAAAGACGAAGAAAAAGGAGAAAGUGGGGCCCCACUACCCCACCAUUCCUCCAACACCUUUGCUACCACCACAAAGUGAAGAAAAUGAGGCCGUAGAUACAGAGUCAACACUGCUCAGUGCCCAGGAAGAUGAUCCGGACCUUCCCACUGAGGACAGAUUACAGAGUCAGCAGGAUGCGGGAGCGUGUGUGAUGCAGCAGGAAUAUCAGAUCCAGCCCUGUGAGCUCCCAAUGUCCCAGGAGCCUGGGCCCUCUUCUCCUGCAGUGACAUCUUUGGCAUCACCACCACACUGCUUCGGUCGUUUUCUCAGCUGUGUCUGCCAGACCUUCUCGAGGUCUAGAAAGCAGAAGCCUCCCGGAAGAGAUGGCACCAAGCAAGCUGAGGCAGGAGGUGAUGCUAAGGCUCAGAGACCAGGCCUGCUGAGGCGUUUGGGCAAAAACAAAGUGCUGCCCCACCAAAGCCUGUAG